AUGUCAAAUCAAAUUGACGAUAAAGAUGAUGAUUUGUCAACUAAUGUUGUUGAACCUGAUGAAAAUGAAUGGAAACGUUUGAUAGAUGAUAUGAAAUAUGUUCGUGCUUUGGAAUAUGUUCUUCAAAAUGCACCAGUUCGUGCUAAAGAUCCAGACAAAAAAAAAAAAGCAGCCACUAUGGCUUUAUCAACAAUGAUGAAAAUUAAACCAAAUGAAAUAGCGGGUGCUGUUAAUUCAAUUCCAGUACCAUUACGUGAUACAUUAAUGAAAUAUGUUUAUAAAGGUUUUGAAAGUCCAAAAGAUUAUUCAAGUAGUGCUUUAUUAACAUGGCAUGAAAAGGUUCUUGCAGUUACUGGACUUGGAUCAAUUGUACGUGUUCUAACUGAUCGACGAACUGUGUAG